GUCCAAAGCCCUAAAGUGGGGUAAAUCUGAAAUUCAGAUUUCAAAAUCAACCAAUUUGAACCAAACCCGCUUGAGAGUUGAGGUCAUAAGGAUUGGAACGAAACCUUGUACGUGAGUAGCUACCUAAUAGAAUCGAGACGACUGCAGGAAACCAGGAGUUUGCUGCGCGUGAGUCCAGAAUCACCGCAUCCGGACACGAAGAGGGCGGCCGCAUACUAAGAAAACAAAAAUAAACUUUACAGGCUUGGUAUACUUUUAAAAUUGAUUGAGGAAAUUAAGUAUACCUUCGCUACUUCGGGUUUGUGAUUUUGGCUGUUUUCUUGCACUGAUUAUUGAGGCUACAACAAACAGGCUGUCAAUUACACGAGUUGGUGCCAAGAAUGGUUUCUGAAUUGAUUAAUGCCAAUCCUACUAUUUAUGAGAAGAAGGAACGUAGAGCUCGGUGUACACCAGUUGUUAAGGAUGAAUCUGCUGUGGAACCUAUUGACCAAGAAGAAAUAUUUGAUCAUCUUAGAGACAUAAAAGAUCCAGAGCAUCCUUAUUCUUUAGAAGAGCUGAAAGUUAUUACAGAAGAUGCCAUUGAAGUAGACGACAAUAGGAGUUUUGUUAGGGUAACAUUCACCCCAACUGUUGAGCAUUGCAGUAUGGCAACCAUCAUAGGCUUAUGCUUGCGGGUCAAACUCUUGCGCUGCUUGCCUUCUCGUUAUAAAGUUGAUAUUAGAAUUGCGCCAGGAGCACAUGUAUCUGAAGUUGCAGUAAAUAAACAAUUGAACGACAAGGAGAGAAUUGCUGCUGCUUUAGAAAGUCCUUACCUUGUAGACAUACUUGACGAGUGCCUUGCACCAUCUUAUCAAACUUGACAACUGAGCCUUGCUGCUGCUUAUGAAUAUAUAGGAGAAUUGUACUUACUCUUUGGUACUUUGCUACAGACUAUACACUGCACAUCUUUGAUGCCUUCCUGUCUCAAGCUCCCUUUUCUAAAGUCUCAUCUUAAUCUUAUUACUGUCAUCGAUUUUUUGAAAAGGGUUCAGUAUUUUGUAUCUUUAUGUUAAAAAAUGUCAAAGUUCAUAGCAUUUUUUUCUGUGGUUAAUAAACAAAACCAAACAAGGAACAAUUUGUAUAUUGUUUAGAAAUUCC